GAUGGCGGCGGAGCGGACAGCCGGCUCGCGCACUGACUGACUGACUGACAGACAGACCAGAAGCCUCGCGCGGUCGGACAGCUAACGGUUAAUCUCUGAGACAGAAACAUUGACUAUAAACAUCACCCGUACAGGUCACGUCAUCUUUUUUCGGUACCGACGGUGCAGUGAUGAAACAGCACCGGUAGACGACACCGGGGGAAGUUGUGUGUGUGUGUGUGAGAGGACUAAAUUGCCGUCCAUAAGAAGCGGGGCAGCCGGCGGUAAUGGGAAAUGAUGGAAGACAAAGGCCCUCGUGUAGCCGACUACUUUGUGGUGGCCGGUCUGACAGACCCGUCCAAGCCGUUGGACCAGGAGAUCCACUUUGAUGACAUGUGCCACAAGUCGGCCAAGCCUAAGGCGCCCAUCACUGAUGUCGCCGUGGUGAUCCGCUCCAUGGGCGAGGAGACGCCGCCUGGGUUCACCUGCGUAGAGGAAACCCCAACAGGCCAUUCAGCUGAUCUGAACAAUGGCGGCCUCAUGGUGCCCCAGAUCUUCCUCUGUUACCGGAGAGGUCGCGACAAGCCACCCCUCACUGACCUGGGCGUGCUGUACGAGUGGAAGGAGCGCCUGAAGCCGGGCUGCCAGCUGAUCCAGACCACGCCUUCCGGUCGCCCCGCCAACAUCAGCGGAAACUCCUCCCAGCGCAUCUACGUCACCUACCGCCGGGCCCCUGAGAGCCAGCCACACAGCGCGCUGGCCCUCACCGACAUCUGCAUCAUCGUCCCGAGCAAGGGAGAGACGCCCCCCCACACCUUCUGCAAGGUGGAGAAGAACCUCAACAGCAGCAUGUGGGGCUCCUCUGUCUACCUGUGUUAUAAGAAGUCUGUGGCCAAAACCAACACAAUAGCCUACAAAGCAGGUUUAUUCAGCAGAUAUCCAGAGGAGGACUAUGAGUCAUUCCCUCUGCCAGAGUCUGUCCCUCUCUUCUGCCUUCCCAUGGGGGCCACGAUUGAGUGCUGGCCAGCGAACACCAAAUACUCCCUCCCCGUGUUCUCCACCUUUGUCCUCACCGGAUCCUCUGGAGAGAAGGUGUACGGUGCCGCCAUCCAGUUCUACGAGCCCUUCCCCCAGGUGUGUCUGACUGAUGCACAGCGCUCCCAGCUGGGUCUCCUGAGUCCAGAUCCAGUACAACCAGCCUCCUCCAGCUGUACGGAGACAUCCACCAGCACCACCAGCAGCCCGGCCAAAGCCCAAUGCUCCGUCUACACCAACAAGUGCAUCUGUCUGCUUUCCCACUGGCCCUUCUUCGACGCUUUCCGCAAGUUCCUCACAUUCCUAUAUCGCUACUCCAUCUCCUGCCCUCACGCCCUGCCCAUCGAGAAGCACAUCUCUCAUUUUAUGCACAAAGUUCCCUUCCCUUCCUCUCAGAGGCCUCGCAUCCUGGUGCAGCUUUCCCCUCAUGACAGCCUGAUGUUGAGCCAGCCAGUGUCUUCUCCCUUACCGCUCAGCGGUGGUCGAUUUUCCACGCUGCUCCAGAACCUCGGACCAGAGAACGCCGUCACCCUGCUGGUGUUUGCCGUCACUGAACACAAGAUCCUGGUGCACUCGUUACGCCCCGCCGUGCUGACCAGCGUCACCGAGGCUCUGGUGUCGAUGAUCUUCCCGUUCCACUGGCAGUGCCCGUAUAUUCCUCUGUGCCCACUGGCGCUGGCUGACGUAUUAAGCGCCCCCUGUCCAUUCAUCGUAGGAGUGGACUCCCGCUACUUUGACCUUUAUGACCCCCCACCAGAUGUGAGCUGCGUGGAUCUGGACACAAACACCAUCUUCCACAAUGAAGAUAAGCGAGCCCUCACGUGGAAGAUUCUGCCAAAGAAAGCCUGUAAAAACCUGAUGAAUGUGCUGAGCAAUCUCCACCAGCAGCUGGUCGACGGUCAGCAGCGUCCUGACGGGCUGCUGGAGCUGAGCAUGAAUGAUUUGACAGAGCUGAGCUGUGGUAAGAGCCUCCACACGCUGGAGCUGGAGAUCCAGGAAGCCUUUCUGCGCUUCAUGGCGGCCAUUUUGAAAGGCUACCGCUCAUUCUUGCGACCCAUCACCCAGGCACCUUCUGAGAAAGCGACGGACGCCAGCUCCCUCUUUGACCUGCAAGGGUUCUUAAAGAGCCGGGACCGCUCCCAUCAGAAGUUCUACUCGCUGAUGACCAAAACGCAAAUGUUCAUCCGCUUUAUUGAGGAAUGUUCUUUCGUCAGCGACAAAGACGCCAGUCUGGCCUUCUUCGACGACUGUGUGGACAAACUCUACAAUUCCGAGCGGAGUGCAGACAAAGCAGGCAAGGUGGACGCUGACAGGCCGGAGGAGAGCCGGCUGAUAGAGAUUGAUGAGUCUCAGCGCAGCGAACACACAGUCUUCAUCACGCCUCCAGAGCUGCCCCCCCUGCCUGAGGGGGAGGAACAUCCACUCUGCUACAGGUACGAUGGCUUCCCAGUGUUAACUCUUGACCUGUUUGACCCUGUGGAGGGCCUGCGGACCCCCUCCUCCCGUCUCACUGCCAAGCAAAGCUGUCCCACUAGCCCUGCCCCCAUGUUCAGACGCACCAAGCAGGAGAUCAAAACAGCACAGAAGAUAGCCAAGAAGUACUCGUCCAUCCCUCAGCUGUGGUCCAAGUGCCUGCUCCGUCACUGCUACGGCCUGUGGUUCAUCUGCCUGCCAGCGUACGUCAAGGUGUGCCACUCCAAGGUUCGGGCACUGCGCACAGCCUAUGACGUCCUCAGGAAGAUGCAGGCUAAGAAACUGCAGCCACCUGAUGAGGUCUGUUACCGAGUGCUGAUGCAGCUGUGUGGACAGUACGGCCAACCUGUCCUGGCAGUCAGGGUCCUCUUUGAGAUGAAGAAGGCCGGAGUCCACCCCAACGCAAUCACCUACGGCUACUACAACAAGAUGGCAGCGACCUGGACGCUGUGAGUCACGGCAGCCUGGAUAGCUCUGCCGACACUAACCUGGGCCCCUUCGCCUCUGACUCCACCAAAGUAGACCCCAUUGAUGAUAAAUCUAGCACAGUCGGCCGGGGGGGCGGCAGCGUGGGCGCCAGGGCCCCGGUGGCGCACUCACACUGGGGGGGCUCUGAGCUCAGAGAAGCCACCCACCACCCAGGGGAUCAAUCGGAUCUGGGUUAUAACUCACUGUCCAAGGAGGAGGUCCGGAGAGGAGACCCCGGCGCUCCGGACUCCAAAGAUGACAAGAAAGAGAGCGACUGCAGCUCCUUGUCAGAGACAGAGAGCGCCAAGGGGAGCAAAGACUGCCUCCCUCAGCUGGACAUGGAGCUUCACUCGUCCUUCAAACCCCGCGGCAUUGUGCGCAGCAGCUAUCCGUAUGACGAAGCCUCCUGUAAGCCCAAGAGCUCCGUCAGCGCGGGCCAUGUUGCAGGCCUCCUCUUUUCCUCCUCCCUGGACGACAUCGGUGAGGUCCACGGCAACAGAUUGCUCAGGAAACACAGGAGUGCUCUGGAGGAGGUGGUGGGCAGCGGCUCGGCUCUCGACUGGCAGGGGGGGAGGGGCCGCCAGCUGAGCGGGGACACGGUGGGCAGCAGCGGCACCACUGUCCUGGGCCUGGGGAUGAGCCAGGGGGAAACAGACCCAGAUAAGAUCGCGGGACACAUGGGCGCAGACGUCAAAAUUCUCUCUGGUGCCAAAUUCAGUCAGAGAAAGAGACCUCGUUCGCUGGCUCUGGGUGGGAUAGAGGGGGCGGCUGCUUCCAGAAGUCUUGAUCACGGGGAAGAAGAGGAAGAGGCGGAGGGACAGGACUCCAGUGAUGAGGACAGAGGUAACACAGAGGCCAUUUUUGAUUUGGAGGAUCUGGAUUUAGACAAGCCUGCCACAGGGGCUGGCAUCAGCUCACACAAAUGUAAUAAGAAACCUGUCGGACGCAGCGUGAGCUACGGGGGCGUGAGCUCCAUGACGACCAGAGGAACUGUGAAGCGCACAGAUAUACAGAUGGGCUACGACCCUCUGUCCCUCCUGGUGGCAGAGACACAGUCCGAGGAGCAGUGUGAGGACCGGUACCCAGAGGGGGACGAGGACAGCACUCCCAGCGCCCGAAGGCACCUGGCCAGAGAGAUCGAGCUCUACAUGAACCACAUGGGCAGCCCGCUGAGCAGCAGGACCCCCAGCAUGGACCUGCAGGACUCCGCCAGCCCCCUCCUCCUCCACCCCUCCUCCCUCUCGGCCCCCCGCAGAGCCAGCCUGCCCCACAGCUCCCCCCUCAGGGCUGCUGGGAUGCAGCGCUCCUGCACCUUCCACCCGCCCUCGCCCUCCCAGUCCGUCUCACGCCAGCGCCUGCUCUCGUCCCCCUCCUGCCACAGCUCCAGCACCACCCCCAGCGCCAGCCCCCGCCCCAGCCCCUACAGGGAGAGGACGGACAGGAUGAGCCUGGCAUCGCCUUCCCCCUCCUCUUCCUCUUUCGCUCUGGACACUCUGAUCACACCAACGCUCGAUGUAUUCAAGACCAGCAUGUUCUCCGCUGGGAAGGGUGUGGCAGAGAAGGCCAGCCGCUGGUACUCCCGCCUCUCCACAUACACAACGCCUACCAAGGACGGUCACAGUGACCGCCUGAGUAUUUCCUCCCUUGGCUUGGGAGAUCCAGACUGCGCCUCGCUGCUGGAUGACGAGGACUGUGAUGGCUCCUUGAUCUCUCCACAGAGGAACGGCCCCUCAGGGCCCCGCAAGAGCCCCCGACGCAGCCCCCUGCGCAGCACACAGCACAGCCCCUCUGCCGGCCACAGCCUGGGCAGACCCACAUCUCUGUUCCCUGGAUGUGUGCUCUCCCCCCCCGGCUUCCCUCUGCCAGACAGGUCGGACCUCGGCUCUUCACGCUACACCAGCAGCACCAGCAUCUUCAACAACUACGCCAUGGAGCUGCUGAUCUCCAGCUGUUCCCGCUGUAAGACGUGCGACUGCCUGGUGUACGAUGAGGAGAUCAUGGCCGGCUGGACUGCGGACGACUCCAACCUGAACACCACCUGCCCCUUCUGUGGGAACCCCUUCCUGCCCUUCCUCAACGUGGAGCUCAGGGACAUGCGAGGCCCCGGCAGGCUUUUUCUGAAGGGCAGCCCGUCGGUGGACGAGGAGAUGACCUCGUCGUACUCCACCUCCACGGGUUUGGACACGGGGACGUCCACCUUGUCCACCCCGUGUCCUAAAACAGCUGCCUUUCCUCCCUCCCCUGGGAUCGCUGUCCAGGAGUGCGCCGGGAGUGGAAGGACUCCAUCGACUAAUGCUGAAGGUAUCAACAUCCCGUCUGACCAGCGGCAGGAGGGUCCGUCCCCCGGGGGGCACAUGGCCCGCAGCAUCAGCACCUUCUGUCCCCAGGACGGAGCACCAACAAUUAACCACCGUUUGCCGACGUCAGGCAGCCUGCCCAGCCGUCUGAAUGAAGCCACAGACCCGCUGAAUAUGGAGUGGCGGCUCCACAACCCUGAGCCGGUGACGGUGCCCUACCUGAGCCCGCUGGUGCUGUGGAAGGAGCUGGAGAGCCUGCUGGAGAACGAGGGCGACUCGGUGAUCACCGAGGCCGACAUGGUGGACCAGCAUCCCAUUAUCUACUGGAACCUGGUCUGGUACUUCAGGCGCCUGGACCUGCCCAGCAACCUGCCCGGACUCAUGCUCACCUCGGAGCACUGCAACAGAGGCUCCCAGGUUCCUCGUCACUGGAUGUCGGAGGACAGUAAACACGUGUUGAUCCAGAUCCUGUGGGACAACCUGAAGCUGCACCAGGACUCCAUCCAGCCUCUCUACAUCCUCUGGAACACAUUCAACGUGGGGUACCCUCUGUCCCGGCCAGUCCCGGAGGAGGAGAGGCCGUUCAGCGAAGAGCUGCUGCAGAGCGUGGUGAGGAGCAUCCAGAGGAACGACCUGAGCCGGCCCAUGGCCCAGCUGCUGCAGCUGCUGGGCACCACGCUGGGGGUCAAACGGCAGAGGAGUUUGUACAGAGACAUCCUCUUCCUCUCCCUGGUGGCUCUGGGAAAAGAUAACAUCGAUAUUGACGCAUUUGAUCGAGAGUACAAGCUGGCGUACGACCGCCUCCUGCCGAGCGUAGUGAAGCUGACCCACAACUGUGACCGCCCCCCCAGCACGGGGGUCAUGGAGUGCCGCAGGACCUUUGGGGAGCCUUACCUGUAAACACACACACAUACACACACACACACACACCAGGAUGAACUCUCCUCACCCCACAUCAUCGCUUUAAGACGAGCUCAGGAAACCUGUUGGAGACUGUGAAUGUUUUUGAAACUCUGCGAGGGAUCAUAAAGAUAGUCAGCGUCACGUUGCCUGAAACUAAAAACAGUUUGACAAACUCUAUCUCUUUAACUGAAGGAAAGACCACUCGCCCCGCUCAUCAACAAGUUCAUGCCGUUUGUAGACUGUAAAUACACAGCAGUAGAGGAAUUCUUUUAAAAUGCAUUUAUAUUGUGUAGUCAUACAGCAUAUGAAGACUAAUCAGCAAUAUUUUAACUUGAACUCUAUUUAUACAAAGUAAGCUUUAUUUAUUGUAGUGUCUUGUUUUUGUCUGGCCUUUAAAGCUUUAUCGUUGCCGUCGGGCGUUUCUUGCCUCGCAGUUUAAAACGUGGCAGAAUGGAUUUAGUGUUUAUAAUUGAUGAUUAGGAGGAAAGUAAAAAUUACUGCUGGAAAAAUUCGCAAAUUCAUAGAAAAAGAAUCCGAGGAUUUGGGCCGCUGUGAAAGGGUUAGCAGUGGGCUCUAAAAAGACAUCUUGAAAAGCGUAAUUCACAAAUGAUAAUUCAACAUAAUUCAGAAAAAUGAUGAACCGCUUUAUAAACUGACUGAUAACCAGUCGUUAGUUGCGGCCCUAAUUUAAAUGUUUAAAAUCCACUUUUUUAAAUCUGCCUUUAAUGUCGGUCCAGGGUCUGAAGACAAACGUUCACUUUGCUUCUCAAACCAGUUUCUCUACGUCUCUAUGUGUGACUUCAUUCCUCAACACAUUUAGUUUGUUUACACACCUGUCUUUAACUUUAUCAAAAAAAAGUUUUCGUCUAGAUCAGGGGUGUCCAAACUACGGCCCGGGAGCUAUUUAUAAUGGGCCCUCAGUAAAUUCUUAAAGUAUGAUGGAAUAUGGCCUCUUGUGAGUUGCCCGGCCCUUCGUAUAUCUUUCUCUAUGUGGCCCUCGGUGAAACAUGUUUGGACACCGCUGGCUUAGCUAUUGAGUUUACUUCACCGGUGGAGCCCUACUGGACAUAUCAGUAUAGUACUGCUCAUCAUGUGUGUACUAAACGUGCCGGCUGUUCAGAUGAAUUCACUGACUCACCUCCUCAUACAGAAGCUGCUCUGAACCCAACUGGUGUGUCAGCAUAUCCUCUAUCCUGUAAGGAAACACUUUUGGAUACACAUUCUGUCAGCCAUGUUGGAGGUUUACUGUUCUUCAAGUCGCAUAACGUCUUGAGUUUCAUUUUGUAUCAUUAUGAUAUCUCACACCACUACAACAGAAGACAAGAGCACGUUUUUGCAGAACGUCCCAAAAACUUUAUUCGGAGGUUGUUUGUUGGUAAAACCCAGAAGAAGAAGCUUUAUAAAUAUAUAAUAUUUUGAAUUUACAUGCACUUAACCAGCCACUGAAUGUUCAGCCUGUGACGGUGAAUGACUUACAUCUGCUCCUCACUCACUGAGGGCUCACACAGCCUGAGGAGCUCCGAGAUGUGUUUGAGUGUUGCACCUGAAGGUGGACUCUGGUUUCUGAAUUUUUGGAGAUUUUAUGAUUGUCAUUGAUUUGUGUUUUUAUAUAAAACCAAAAAUGGAUCCUCAUAUCAUGCCCAAAGGAAAUGCUAAUGAGGCAGACAGGACUUAAUGUUUGCUGCUAGUGCUACAUGUGUACGUGAACCACUUUGACAAUGUUUCUAGAACCCACUGUCUCAAACAUGAUGCUGUCACUCUGUAGUUAAUCCUCCAUUCGAAUGCAUCACAACUGCAGAAAUGUCAAAAUUGAAACUUCAUCAACUUCCACCCCACCCCCCACUGUUUUCUUUAAAAAAACGAUUUUGAUUCAAUGAACUAAAAGGCAUUUAAUAUUCUGUUCAAUGUGUCCUCUGAGGGGUGGAUAUCUGUGAUGUAUGAACAGUUCCAUUUAACAUGAAGUAUUUAAUGACAAAUAAUGUUACAUGAUGAAGUUUAGAAAAUAACAAACGUCUUUGUACACAUCUGCAUUUUUAAAGCUCAUGUUCUGACUGUAUUUCUAUAAAAAAUAAUGGAGAGGAGACACAUUUUAGACACGUUAUUAAAGUUUUAAAAGGAUUCUGUGAGGGGAAAUGAUAUCAAAUACAUUAUGAACUGGAUCCAAGCCGGAGAUGAACUACAUUUGUUAAUGUUUUCUGAAUGUUAAUCUAAAUGACUUGCCAUGGUUGAAGGAGGACCCUCGAGUCUAAACUCUUGACGGUCUCAUGAAUGUCAACCAUGUGUGUGAUCUGUGGAAAACUAACUGGAAGUUGCACUUUUCCUCUGGAGAGUGAGCGGAGAGGACUGCGAUGUCAGCUGCUGGAAAGAAAAAAGCUGCCAUCCAUCUGUGGAUAUUUGUCGUGUUUAAAGCUGUACAAAGUGAAUGAUUUUGCAGGAUCUGGGGCCAUGUACAUUUUUGAAUUGUUAGCCCUUUGUAGAAAUCACAUUUUAUAACAUGUGGUGGCGGUUCUGUACAGCAACCAGAUCCACAGACUGUUUAUCUGUAAAUAAAAUCACUUACACUCAU